AUGGACAAGGAAUGCCCGCACUGCCAUGCUCUUAAAUUCAAAAAUGAGCCAGUCGGCAUGUGUUGCGCGUCAGGAAAGAUGCAACUACCUAAAGUUGAAACACCACCUGAACCAUUGAACGGUUUACUUAUCGGCACAGAUCCAGAUUCCAACGUGUUCCUGAAGUCAAUUAGAACAUUCAAUUCAUGUUUUCAAAUUACAUUGAAAAAAAUAUUUGCAUUUGCAAUGACUAUCAAUAAGUCCCAAGGCCAAACGAUGUCUGUUUGUGACUUAGAUUUGAGUACACCAUGUUUUUCACACGGACAAUUAUACGUGGCAUGCUCUCGAGUGGGUAAACCAUCCAGUUUGUUUGUGUUAGCUAAAGAUGGGCUUACAAAAAAUAUUGUUCACGCUAUAGCAUUAAGAAAUUGA